GGAAUACUCCCUUCCAUUGUUUGUUUUAGUGCAAUGCACACCAAUACCUUACCUAACUGCAGUCACACAUUACCUUAGAAAACUUUAAAUGGUUUAUAGCUGUAGUAAAUAUAACGUAUUGUCGGGUGAAAGUGGUAAUGAUUACAACUGCCACUGCUGUGUCUGUGCAGGUUCUAAAGCUUUUCAAGUCAUGCCUUUUCUGGAAUUUGUGGCUGGAAGCGUCUCAGGUGCAUUUGGAGUGGCUGUCGGGCAUCCAAUAGACACCAUUAAGGUACGCCUUCAGGCUCAGUCUUUGUACAAAGGGAUAUUCCACUGUGUGACAAAAACGUACACUCAUGAAGGGGUCUGUGGAUUUUUCAAGGGUAUGACAUUUCCUGUCCUGACUACGGGCAUUACCAACUCUAUUGUCUUUGGUUCCUAUAGUAAUGCUUUAGAUUACCUCACUCAGCUGAAGCGAAAUGAUCGUAUUCAGGGUAACCCUGCCUCUGCUGCACAAGUCUUCACAGCUGGCUGCUUCUCAGGCCUGGUGCAGGUGUUUUUUCUUGCACCAAUUGACCUGGUAAAGGUGCGUCUGCAAGGUCAGACCAACACGAGCAGAUACCGUGGGCCCAUUCACUGUGUUGCUGUCAUCCUCAAGGAGAAUGGACCAAGGGGACUGUUUCGAGGGGGGUUGGCACUUGCCUUGAGGGAUGUGCCCUGCUAUGGACUCUAUUUUUUGCCAUACGAGGUCGCAUGCAAGGCAUUGACUGAGAGUGGCAAACAGCCAGGCACGUUUGCAGUAUUAAUGGCAGGUGGAGUGGCAGGCAUAGUGACGUGGGCCUUUGCCACACCCAUGGACGUAGUGAAAGCCCGACUUCAGAUGUCAGGAGCAGGAGGCCAAGAGUAUCAAGGGGUCCUCCAUUGUAUAAGAACGAGUGUGAGAGAGGAGGGUAUCAGGGUCUUCUUCAAGGGCCUGUCACUGAACAGCAUCAGAGCCUUCCCUGUCAACGCUGUCACCUUUCUCAGCUAUGAGAGACUGAUGAGGAUUUUGUGCCCACCACCUGCGGACCACUCUAAAGUUUGA